CAUUCUCACACGAAGCCAUUCGUAAAGCAAACCGCAACAAUGGCGCCCACAAUGGCGAUGAGAGCUGCACGGAAUGUGUUCCGCACAACUACUGCAAGGCAGAUCAGGCCGUUCUCGUCGACCCGACCUGCCGCAAGAAUAUUCGGCAAUGCGCCCUUGAGGGCAAAGGAGGCAUCUCCUCACGUCAGCGGCAAAUAUCCCGUCAUUGACCACGAGUACGAUGCGAUCGUUGUCGGUGCCGGUGGUGCCGGUCUUCGCGCCGCCUUUGGUCUGGCCGAGGCUGGCUUCAACACUGCCUGUAUAUCGAAGCUUUUCCCUACCAGGAGUCACACUGUUGCCGCACAGGGUGGCAUCAACGCCGCGCUUGGUAACAUGCACGAGGACGACUGGAGGUGGCACAUGUACGAUACCGUCAAGGGUUCCGACUGGCUUGGAGACCAGGAUGCCAUUCACUACAUGACCCGCGAGGCUCCCGCGUCCAUUAUCGAGCUCGAGAACUACGGAUGCCCGUUCUCGCGUACCGAGGAUGGCAAGAUUUACCAGCGCGCUUUCGGUGGUCAGUCGCAGAAGUACGGCAAGGGCGGACAGGCAUACCGCUGCUGUGCUGCUGCCGACAGGACAGGACACGCUCUUCUGCACACCCUUUACGGACAGUCUCUGCGUCACAACACCAACUACUUCAUUGAGUACUUCGCCAUGGACCUGAUUAUGCAGGACGGCGAGUGUGUCGGUGUUGUUGCGUACAACCAGGAGGACGGCACUCUGCACAGGUUCUUCGCCAAGAACACCGUUCUUGCCACUGGUGGAUACGGCCGUGCCUACUUCAGCUGUACUUCCGCGCACACUUGCACUGGUGACGGUAUGGCUAUGGUUGCCCGUGCCGGUCUGCCCAACCAGGAUCUGGAGUUUGUUCAGUUCCACCCUACCGGUAUCUAUGGAGCUGGUUGCCUGAUCACCGAGGGUUCUCGUGGUGAGGGUGGUUACCUGCUGAACUCGGAGGGUGAGCGCUUCAUGGAGCGUUACGCCCCUACCGCCAAGGAUCUGGCCUCCCGCGACGUCGUUUCUCGUUCCAUGACCAUGGAGAUCCGCGAGGGACGUGGUGUUGGCCCUGAGAAGGACCACAUCUACCUGCAGCUCAGCCAUCUUCCUGCCGAGGUCUUGGCCGAGCGUCUGCCUGGUAUCUCUGAGACUGCAGCCAUCUUCUCUGGUGUUGAUGUCACCAAGCAGCCCAUCCCCGUCCUGCCGACCGUCCACUACAACAUGGGUGGUAUCCCUACUAGGUACACUGGUGAGGUCAUCACUGUCGACGAGAACGGCAAGGACAAGGUUGUCCCCGGUCUCUUCGCCUGUGGUGAGGCUGCCUGUGUGUCUGUGCACGGUGCUAACCGUCUGGGUGCCAACUCGCUGCUUGACUUGGUUGUCUUUGGUCGUGCUGUCUCGCACACCAUCCGUGACAACUUCAGCCCCGGCCAGAAGCACACCCCCGCCGCUGCCGACGCUGGUGCCGAAUCCAUCGAGGUCCUCGACCAGGUCCGCACUGCCGACGGUCCCAAGAGCACCGCCGAGGUUAGGUUGGCGAUGCAGAAGGCCAUGCAGACCGACGUCAGCGUCUUCCGUACCCAGGAGUCGCUGGAUGAGGGUGUCCGCAAGGUGAACGAGGUUGACCAGAUGUUCAGCCAGGUUGGCACCAAGGACAGGAGCAUGAUCUGGAACUCUGACCUGGUUGAGACCCUGGAGCUGAGGAAUUUGUUGACUUGCGCCACCCAAACCGCCGUCUCGGCCGCCGCAAGGAAGGAGUCUCGUGGUGCACACGCCCGUGAGGACUACCCCGACCGUGACGACGACAACUGGAUGAAGCACACUUUGAGUUACCAGAAGAAGCCGCAUGGCAAGGUCGAGCUUUCGUACCGUGGAGUUAUUGGCCACACCCUAGACGAGAAGGAGUGUGCGGCUGUCCCGCCUUUCAAGCGUGUAUACUAAACCAGGAAAAAAAAGAGCGUCUAUUAAUACAGGGUGCAAGCGGUACAAGCUGGUGUCCAGGAUGUCAUUUUGUCAAUUUCUUCCCUUGCGUCUUUCCAUAACUUGUGUUUUAGCAUAUUAGUAUAUACCUCUUUCGUGUGGGUGGAAAUGCGCUGCUUUGUGUGAGCUUAGCAAACAAGCUGAAGACAAUUUGUCUUGAUCAAUGUUCCUGAGAUAAGAG